GCACUUCUCCAAACAGCUGUCAUUUAGCAACGGCAGCCAGGCGCAAAUAUACCAACAAGCACAUUCACGUUUUUUCCCUGCAUCGCAUAUUCCGGCGAAACAAAAAAAAAACAACCCCGUAGUACAAAAAGCGUUUUGAAAAUCCGUCCCAUUAAUACAGCGCACAACGAACCGUACCACCAUGUGGCCCGAGGUGUACGCAGUGAAGAGCGAAAAUCGUCGCGAGCUUAAGCUUGCCGGCGCCAGCGUUUCGAAGCGAAUUGCGGAAAACAGCGGCAGUCUGGAUGACGCCAUCUACCAGCUGUCCGCACUGAACCUGCUGGAUGUGAGUGAUACGGCGUUGGAAAAGAUUUCACCACGCAUCGACAACCUGAAUCAUCUGCAGUCGCUGCUACUGUAUCGGAACAGGAUUGCACAGGUUCCGGCAACGAUCGGACAGCUGGGCGAGUUGAAGGUGCUGGAUCUGUCCGGCAACAGGUUGACGAGCUUGCCGGCCGAGUUUGCAAAGCUCCACUCGCUGACGACACUGAACCUGUCGUUCAAUCAGCUGAAAGCGAUCGAUUUGAGGGCGUUCGAUAAGCUGAGUGUUUGCAAUCUGUCCGGCAAUGAGCUGACGGAAGUGCCACAGUUUUAUCUCGGCGAGACGCACCAUCUAACGGAGGUUAAUUUGGAGAAGAACGGCAUCGUCGUUCUGCCGGAAGAACUUACACAGCAACAGAUCUUGCGUGUGCUGAACGUGGGGGAGAAUAAAAUCGAACAUGUCCCAAAGUAUAUAACCAAAUGUGUAAAGCUGAAGGAGAUUAACCUCAAAGGCAACCCGCUGAAGGAUAAGCGUCUGCUAAAGCUGGUCGACCAGUGCCGCAGCAAACAGGUGCUCGAUUAUGUCGAGAAGAAUGGUUUUGUUCCACCGAAAACGCCAGCCAAAGAGACCACCCCGCCCAACGGGCAGCACUCCACUGGGACACAGGAACCAUCACCCACCGUCCCGGAGGAAAACAUCCAGCUGAAAAUAAUGAUCCACAAAGCGACAGAAAACACACCGAAGGUAACGUUCACACGGGAAGCCCGUUCGAACCGUCCGCACAUUCUGCUCUGCAUCGUCCGCAACUUCCCCGUGACCGAUAUGAAAAAGUUCCUCCAGCUCCAAAACGCACUACACGACAACGAAUGUGGCCGUCGGGAGCUGGCCACGAUUGCAACACACGAUCUGGCCAAGGUGAAAGGCUCCCUUCGGUACCAUGCGGCGCCACCGGGCGAGAUUCAAAUCACAGCACUGGGCGCGGCGGCACAGGGUAAAGUGACGGCCGAGAAGUAUUACGCCGAUCUGUGCCACCAGGCGGACCAGCUGCGGAAGGAAAAGAAGCGCAACACGUACUCCGGUGUGCACAAGUACAUAACGCUGCUGACGGGCAAGGAACUGUUUGCGUAUCUGAGCGACGAGGAAAAGGUCAUCAGUUUGCCACCGCUGACCAACUGUGAUGAGACGAAAGUAUCGUCCACCAGCACGGACCUGCUGGUGGAGGUGACGAGCAGCGUCGGGCAUGGACCUUGCGUACGGGUGAUGAACGCACUGCUGGAGCGCAUGCUGCUGAUGGAGGUGGAGGUUGUUGUCGGUGAUACCGUGCCGUCCUCGCCGGCCAAUGUCCAUGUGUACAAACCGGGAGAGAAGAAGAAAAAAUCGAAACCAGCUGCCAAAGAGCCAGCAAAGGUUUGCUAUAAUCGGUCCGCUACGCUAACGGUCGAACAGGUCCAGCUGUAUGAUGCCGAGGGCCAGCUUCAUUCGGUGUUUCCCGGUAAGGGUGAUUUGCAGGGGAACGCAGCGGCAGGGAUUUUCGUAGAAAUGGUCUAGGAAUGGUGGUGGCCAGCGUGCCGCCUUCCUUUAGAAUGUUUAGUUUGCUUUAUUUAUACGAUAUGCGGCUACCAUGAACUGUUGUGCGACUAGAUCGGCGAAAGUAGGUGUACUUUAUGAACUCGAACAGGUGAAAGCGAUAAGUGUUCCUUCGUUUGAAAACUAACUUUCUAAAUUCGUGAAAUAAUUCCUUAAACUUUUGAAGCAAAAGUUGGACAAAUGUACCGAUGGGGUGAAGUAAGGAUAACUUUGAAAUAAAACGAAACUAAUGAAUUCAAAAGACGACACAAUAA